AUGUCUUAUCUGGAAUCGAGAAAUUUUGUGCAUGGUAAUCUCUCGGCCAGCAGCUGUCUGGUUGCUGGCGACGGCACAAUCAAACUUACUAAUUUCAACAUCGCGUCUGAACUUGAUCUCAACGACGAAAGUGACGCUACGCUUGGACGAAUCAGGUGGAUGUCCUGGGAGGCGGCUAUUGAAAAGAGGAUGACAACGAAAGGAGACGUGUGGUCAUUCGGUGUCACAAUGUGGGAAAUACUGAACGGGUGUGGCCAACAGCCGUACAGAAUGCUCACUGAUAGCGAUGUAUAUAAAAAUUUAUUGUUCAUACAACGACACGGAACGCUUAAGUUUUGCCUGGAAAGGCCCGAAUUUUCGUCAGCAAAUUUCUACGAGGAAUUCAUUGUGCAGUGCUGGGCUCGCGAUCCCGAACAGCGUCCCUCAUUUCACUCGCUGCAUCGCCGCCUACAAAAUGUUACUUGUGUACAAAUGAGCGAAGGCUGUUAG